AAUCGUUGGGCGUUAUCAAAUUUUUUCCUUGUGAAAAUCAUGUUGUACAAAUUGUUCAACGUUCUUGUGAUAUUUUUAGUGAUACAAACUAUUUGUACCGCCACGUACACGAAUAUAUCCGAAGAAAAUUAUCUCGAUAUCCAACAGAUAGAAGAGAUUGAAAAUUUGUUGACGUUCUACGAUUUAAAAACUGGAAUUCCGUUGAAAGAAGAAUCGAUCGAUUUAAAGAAAGAUGGAUCGAUCUCUACAACCGUAUAUAGUGCGGGGUGCUCUUGUGAAAAUUACAGUUGCGGUUGUUGCGUAGGUAUCAAAAUAUUAUGGAUCAAGGGCCCAUUGUGUCUCUCGGUAGGUAUUGAUGUUGGAAAUAUCUCCAUUUUUAUAAAAUUGACCAUGAAUAAAAAAACGAUCAUCUCCAAAAGCAUAUCUUGUAAGUAUUUUCUUUUUUUCUAAAAAAUAUCCGGAUAUAAUAUAAUAUUUGUUCUAAAUCGAAUUGAAUUUUGAUACAAGAAAUAUCUUAUAUGUUACAGUAGUGGAUCCUGAGAUAUGUAUAAAAAUUAAAUUUUCAAAACUCCAUCUUGCAACAUUUUGCAUUCAAUUACAUACUUCUAUUUCUAACCAUCAUCUGCAUUUUUGCACCGAAAUAAAAAUUAAAAUUUUGUUCUUCAAAACUAAAAGAAUUCAAUUCAAUUGCCAAAACAUGCAAACAAGGAAUAUUAAUUGGGAUAAUUUCGCACUGGAAUUUGUUCAACAGACAAAGCCAAAAGUCACCGAAGUCAUCUACGACGAAGUGGAUUUUGAUCUGCAAGAUUUCGAGACUUGUAUCAAUCAUGCAUUAGCAUUGAUUCCCGAAGAAGCAUAAAUUCAACAAGUUAAAGUUGUAGGAUAAAAAUUAUCCAUUAAUGCCCAUUAAAUGCUGAAAAAAAAAAAUAAACACUGUGAAAGAUUUGCGAAUUAGACUCCCUCGUUGAUUUCUUUUGUUUUUUUUUCU